AUGUUAAAAGCUGUUUGUAGGCCUAAUACUUUGUCAAGAGCAAGUAUUGUUCUAAAGAGUCCAAAUUUCCGUUUGCUAUCUCGAACCAUGACAGCGUACCAAUUUUCUGUCAGGACUUCUCUGAAUAAUUCUCUGGUAGUUUCCAACAGCCAGCGAAUGCACUUCUCUACAGCACAAUUAUUGCAGCAUGGCCAUAUCAAAAAACCCGUGCCUGGGGAAGAGUUAAAGGUCACAUUUGUGUUAAAAGAUGGCUCUCAGCAAACAUAUGAUGCCUGUGAAGGCGAAACGCUGUUAGAUAUAGCUCAAGGUCAUAAUCUGGAUAUGGAGGGUGCCUGCGGUGGAUCUUGUGCAUGCUCUACAUGCCAUGUUAUCGUUGAUCCUGAUUACUACGAUGCAUUGCCUGAACCAGAAGACGAUGAAAAUGAUAUGCUGGAUCUAGCUUACGGUCUUACUGAGACUAGUAGGCUUGGAUGCCAGCUCAAAAUGUCAAAGGACAUAGAUGGAAUUAGAGUUGCACUACCUCAAAUGACAAGAAAUGUCAGCAGCAACGAUUUUAAAUAA